AUGGUCACCGGAGAGGAUUGCUCUUGCGCCGACACAACGGAACCUUCCAAUUUAACGUCCUUACGUUCAGACGAUGCUACCUCGGUUAUAAAUUCCGACGUAAAUGCAGUCUGCACCGAAGCGGUCGAUAAGAGGAACGCCGUUGAAGGAGAACCUAAAGAAACGGAUUGCAAAUGUUCUGAUUUGUCGUCGGUCGCAACUUACUGCAUAUCCAAGACAGCCAAUGUUCCGUCCGCAGUUCCAGGACGACCGGAUCGCCAGUCGCAGCGGAAGAAGUCGAGGAGUCAGCCACCUGCGACGCAACUUAAAUCGAGUUACCCGUGCCUCUGUCACAGCCACAAAAUCAACGGCUAUGUUCUGCCUGUGAAAUUCAGGGAAGGUACAUAUAGAGACGCUGUCGAGACAACGUCGAAAGUAGUGACGGUGGAAUUGCAUUUUUCAGAAAAGCCGCAGUCGCGCCCAUUCUGGAGCCGCUUCGGUUGGAAACGGCCGAGAAACGGCAGAAGGGACAAGAUGUACGAGAUAAAGCUGAAACAAGUUCAGUGUCCCCACUACGCCAAGCCGCGUCCGAACGGUCCGCCUAAGCAACAUCUCGAUGCUGUGUUGCAACCACCGUACAAAUUUCAACCUUUUGUCUCUCGCGAAGAACUAUCGGAAGGGAUACCGAGUAAGGAUGUCAAGUACGAGACCGACAAGUCGAAGCCACCUAAGUAUCCAACGAAAGCGAAACUCAAGAGAGAGGAAAAUCUGGCGGAGAAAAUCGAGAUCUACUAUUUUGAUCAUGGAAGCUCCGCAUAUUAUCGAACGACUGAUUGCCACCCUGUACUAAUUACGGACAAGUGCGCCGAGAAGACCGAUCAAGCGGCGACCCGCUUUUGGGCGGAGAUCUUCGGCACGAUCCACAUCGGUAUCGCUUUCAUCACGGCCUUUAUUCUGCAGCUCCUACGCUUCGUGCUCUACAGCGUGAUCCGGCCGUUGACAGUCGGGAUACUCCAAUUGAUAGCGGAUUACUUUGUAAAACCGCUGCUGUCCAUUCUGUUUAACGCCCUCGUGCAACCGAUAUUGAUCCUGCUCUACAACAUCGCGACGUCAUUGAGGGAUCUCUGCGAGCCGAUAGCCGAGGCGUUGGGUCUGUUCCUGAGGGAGAUCGCGAACCUCUGCGCCGCCAUCAGGCUCGUGGAGGUGAAGCACGUUCACGUACCAACCACCGCUUGCACUUGAACUCAUGAACAAAAAUUGGAAACUCUUGAGAAGAUCGAGCUUUAAUGACUUGACUAAAGACUCUCUCGAAAGAUUCUCGGAGAUUGCAGGCCCACUUCUGAAAGAAAGCUGCGUUCCGCGCGAGAUGUCCGAUUCAUUUCAUAAACAACAAUAUGCCUUAACACCAGGUAUAUAUUUGGUAUUAUUUUAACUUUACAAUAUCAUUAUUGUAUCAUUUUUUACAGAACAAAUUAUCUCUUAUAGCAACUAGCUUUGUCAAUAAUAAUUAAUUCGUUCUUUGUCACUUUCGCGCGUAUUUUCUUUCGUUCGCUCUCGCUCUCUCUCUUUCUUCUUCAUCUUCUUUCUCUUUCGAUCUUUCUCUCUCUUUACCUUCCUCAUAAAUCUUACCAUUUAAUAAAUUAUGUACAAUCUCACAAACAACAAACGGAGGAACCUAAUUACAUCAUGUAGUUGUUCACACUUCGCUAUGUACAGGUACUACUGGUAUAUCUUUUUCUUGUUUUUUACAGAAUCGCUGCUUUCUCUCAUUCAUUCUCGCACUCUCUCACUCUUUUUCUCUCACACUACUUCUUUCUUUCUUUCUCUCUCUUUCUUACCGGCCGAUCGUAUCGCGAUAAACCUUAUUUUUUUCGCAUGUAAUCUACAAAAAGAAAAAAAAGA